AUGGCUCCAGGUAACAACUGGGCACCGCAGCGGCUUCGAUUUAUCCCAUCUUGCUCAUGUUGCAUUAGCAACAUCAGGGAUUUCAGUUUCUGCCUCGUGGGAGCAGAAUCCCACAUCGACAAAAAACAAGUCGCUGUUGCACUUUAUAUAGAACACGACAAACGAGACAAAUCGCCGAGCUCAGUAGCGUGGGCUUGUGAUCCAAGUGGAGGCAUCAAGGUGGUGGAACAUGGAUAUAGUCCAGAAGGCCGGGCUCGUCGUGGCGAUCCUCUGGCCUGCCCGUUCCAAGCCAAGAGAUGA